UCACACCAAAACAGCUGACUCUGGCAAUUUGAAGAUUUGUUUAUAAUUUUUGCAAUUGGAAUUUUGUGAGUCCCAUCUAUUUAAGGGCCGAUCGAUCAGUGUGCCUUGCCAGGUUCUUCAGAACAGUAAACUAAAUUAUGGAGCACAAAAGCUGCAGGAAUACCGGGCACGAGAAAAGUCCUUGGCAGGAUGACGGGUCCUCCCUCACGGUGUUCUACGAAUUCGUCUCCAAGAACGUGUCCAUGCCCUCUGACCUGGGCGAACUGAUCGCUUACGUGCUGCUUCUGGUCAUUACGUGGUACACACUCCUCUUCGCCCUCCGGUUCCUGGUCUCCCUGGUGAAGCCCGUCCUGGUGGUGCUGGUCGCGCUGUUCCUCUUCCGAUUCCUGCGGUCCUUCGAGUUCGAGGACCUCAUAGAUCUUGGCUUCACCAUCUUGGGCCUGGUUGCCAACCUGGUGGCAUCCAUCGUGGCCAAGUUCUUGGAGUUCGUUCUGAGGAUUUUUAGCUAGAAUAUGUAUGUAGGCUAUCAAUCCACAUUCCAUUGUUACGCGCUCUGUAUAUGACGUUAACUUCUAAAUGUUGCAGUUGUUAUUUUUUAAUAAAUAUUUUUGUACACUAUGAAAAGUGCAUUUUUAAAUAAAGUAUUCAAUAAACACAAAAAAAUA